CCCCUGCUGCCGCCGCGCCCUUCUCAGGGCGUCUGGCCUCCCUUCCUUGCGGCCCCGCCCAGGCGGCUGCCCGUGACCUGCCUGGGUGCAGGGAACGGGAAGUCGGAAGGGGUAAGAGGAGUCCAGUUCGUCAUGGGGCUGUUUGGAAAAACCCAGGAGAGGCCUCCCAAAGAGCUGGUCAAUGAAUGGUCAUUGAAGAUCAGAAAGGAAAUGAGAGUUGUUGACAGGCAAAUAAGAGAUAUCCAAAGAGAAGAAGAGAAAGUAAAACGGUCUGUGAAAGAUGCAGCCAAGAAGGGCCAGAAGGAUGUCUGUGUGGUUCUGGCCAAGGAAAUGAUCAGGUCAAGGAAGGCUGUGAGCAAGCUCUAUGCAUCCAAAGCACACAUGAACUCUGUGCUCAUGGGGAUGAAGAACCAGCUUGCGGUUCUGAGAGUAGCUGGUUCCCUGCAGAAGAGCACAGAAGUGAUGAAGGCUAUGCAGAGUCUUGUGAAGAUCCCAGAAAUCCAGGCCACCAUGCGGGAGCUGUCCAAAGAGAUGAUGAAGGCUGGAAUCAUAGAGGAGAUGUUAGAGGAUACGUUUGAAAGCAUGGAUGAUCAGGAAGAAAUGGAAGAAGCAGCAGAAAUGGAGAUUGACAGAAUCCUCUUUGAAAUCACAGCAGGAGCCUUGGGCAAGGCGCCCAGUAAAGUAACUGAUGCCCUUCCUGAGCCUGAACCUUCAGGAGCGAUGGCUGCCUCAGAAGAGGGAGAUGAUGAGGAAGAUGAAGAGGACCUGGAGGCCAUGCAGUCCCGGCUGGCCACACUCCGAAGCUAGGGCCACCCAGUUGGGGCCUCAACUCUCUGGUGCCCUCCUCUAGGUGUGGGCACAGCCUCCGAGGAAUCGCCAUUUCCUGCAUCUCUUGCACUACACCUCUGCGGUGAAGCAUUGCAUUUUGGAGAGGGUUCUGUGCUAGUAUAUCUUCACUGUCGGCAGAGGCUUUAAGGAUUGUUUUCAUGAAAGUGGUGUGAUCAAACGCAUCAUUUUCAAGAGCAUAAAUAGAAGUAUCUUCCUUGGGGGAGGGCAAAGAAACCCAUUUUCUCAUGAAGCAAUUCUGAGAGGAGUCGAUUGAAUGUUGACAACUCUCUGCUGGUGUGUGUAGAAUACUACUUAAGUGGAUGUCAAUAAACUUCUGCUUUAGCUCUUGG